AUAGCAAUCCAUAAAUAGAGAAGCAGCAAUGGAGGCUGCAAUCUGCCAGCAGUGAGAUGUAAAUAGCACUCCUAAGGCCUCCUCCACCAGGAUUCUGUAUGCAAGAAACCGAAAAGCACUGCUAUGAGGAUACUUAGUAGCAAUGACUGAUGUGGAAUCUACAUAUGCAGAUUUCAUAGCCUCAGGGAGAACGGGAAGAAGGAAUGCUCUGCAUGAUAUACUCACCUCAGCAGGAGGGAACACAAGUGAAUUAGCCAUAAAGUUAUCAGAGCUUGAUAUAAACAAAUCA